UUCCUGCCCUUGCUUGACAGGGAAGAAGAAAAAUGCCAUCAGCACAAAAGCCGAUGCGGUACGGACACACGGAGGGACACACGGACGUGUGUUUCGAUGACAGCGGCAGCUGCAUCGUAACUUGUGGCAGUGAUGGAGAUGUUAGGAUUUGGGAAAACCUGGAUGAUGAUGAUCCAAAGUCCAUUAAUGUUGGAGAGAAGGCUUAUUCAUGUGCUCUGAAGAAUGGCAGAUUGAUCACAGCAGUAUCAAACAACACUGUUCAGAUACACACAUUUCCUGAAGGAGCUCCAGAUGGGAUCCUUACUCGUUUUACCAUGAAUGCAAACCACGUUGUCUUUAAUAGUGAUGGUACCAGAAUUGCUGCUGGAUCUAGUGACUUCAUGGUCAAAGUUGUGGAAGUGGCUGAUAGCAGCAAGCAGAAAACGUUCCGAGGACAUGAUGCUCCUGUCUUAAGCCUGUCUUUUGACCCCAUGGAUAUUUAUCUGGCAUCAGCAAGCUGCGAUGGUUCUGUCAGAGUAUGGAAAGUGGAAGAUCAGACAUAUGUGACAAACUGGCUGCUGCUGCAGAAAUGUAAUGACGUGAUAAAUGCUAAAUCAAUAUGCAGGCUUGCCUGGCAACCUGGCAGUGGCAAGCUGCUGGCAAUUCCUGUAGACAAAGUUGUUAAACUAUACAGAAGAGAAACCUGGGAUAAUCAAGUUGAUCUAUCAGAUACUUCCAUCACGCAGCCCCUGAAUGUUGUGGUGUGGUCUCCCUGUGGGCAGUACCUGGCAGCUGGAAGCGUGAAUGGGUGUAUGGUGGUGUGGAAGGUGGAAACCCAGGAGUGCAUAGAGAGGAUGAAGCAUGAGAAAAGUUAUUCGAUUUGCGGACUGGCAUGGCAUCCCAAAUAUGAGCAAAUAGCUUAUACAGAUACUGAAGGAAAUCUGGGGUUGUGGGAGGACAUCGGUGGUGGAAAGAAACCAAACGACAAGGUUGCCAAUACUGUUACGAAAGACUAUGAAGAUCUUUUUGAUGGAGAUGAUGAUGACUAUUUAAAUGGAGAUAUGAUUGAACCACAAUCUUCCCCAAACACUGGAGCUAAUGGAGAUCAUGGUGAUGAUGAUGAUGACCUUAUGCCAACAUCAGGCCAUCCAAGACAGGCAGUAAUUGAUGAUGAUGAUAAUUCAUUAGAUAUUGGAAUGAUAAAAGCUAAUUCCAAUCUACUUGAAAAGGAGGAGGAUGAUGAUGAUGAUCAGAUUGGUGGCUUUCCAGCUCUGCCAACGUCAUCUACACAGCAGCCUUUUUAUGAUGGGCCAAGGCCAACCCCCAGGCAAAAACCAUUCCAGUCUGGCUCCACUCCUGUACAUCUCAUGCAUCGCUUCAUGGUUUGGAAUUCUGUUGGUAUCAUUCGUUGUUACAACGAUGAACAAGACAACGCUAUUGAUAUAGAAUUCCAUGAUACCUCCAUACAUCAUGCCACACACCUGCCUAACUCCCUGAAUCACACCAUGGCUGACCUUUCUACUGAAGCUAUUUUACUAGCCUGUGAGAGUACAGAGGAACUCGCAAGCAAGCUCCACUGCAUUUAUUUUAGCUCCUGGGAUGCAAACAAGGAGUGGACAGUAGAUAUGCCAAAGGAUGAAGAUAUUGAAGCAAUCUGUCUAGGUCAGGGCUGGGCUGCUUGUGCCACUAGUGCCUUGCUGGUUCGACUGUUUACAGUUGGAGGAGUUCAGAAAGAGAUAUUCUGUCUCCCAGGUCCAGUGGUGUCUAUGGCAGGGCAUGGAGAGCAGCUGAUGAUUAUUUAUCACAGAGGUACUGGAUUUGAUGGAGACCAGUGCCUUGGAGUACAGCUGAUGGAGCUUGGAAAGAAGAAGAAACAAAUUUUGCAUGGAGAUCCUCUUUCUCUUACAAAGAAAUCCUAUUUGGUGUGGGUUGGAUUCUCAGCAGAAGGUACCCCGUGUUACGUGGAUUCUGAGGGAAUUGUGAGGAUGUUGAACCGAGGACUUGGGAACACUUGGAUUCCAGUGUGUAACACACGAGAGCAUUGCAAAGGCAAAUCUGAUCAUUACUGGGUCGUUGGCAUCCAUGAAAACCCCCAGCAGCUCAGGUGUAUUCCUUGCAAAGGAGCCCGAUUCCCUCCGACACUUCCACGUCCUGCAGUGGCAAUAUUAUCUUUUACACUCCCUUACUGCCAAGUUACAACAGAAAAGGGACAGAUGGAGGAGCAAUACUGGCGGUCAGUGGUAUUUCACAACUAUGUGGAUUACUUAUCAAGAAAUGGCUACGAGCUUGAUGAAAAUGCUAAAAGUCAGCCAGUGAAAGAACAGCAGGAACUUUUGAUGAAAUUGUUUGCUCUUUCUUGUAAACUGGAGCGUGAAUUCCGCUGUGUGGAACUUGCUGACCUCAUGACACAAAAUGCUGUGAAUUUAGCCAUCAAGUAUGCAUCCCGCUCUCGAAGACUCAAUUUAGCUGAGCGACUCAGCGAGGUGGCUGUAGAGAAAGCAAGUGAAUUGGCAACAGCACUGGGGGAUGAAGAGGAGGAGGAGGAUUUCCGAACUCACUUGAAUGCUGGUUACAGCACCUCUGCCACAGAGUGGGGCCAGCUGCCAGGCAGAAGUGCUCAGCAGGACCAAGAGAUGGAAGAGGCUGAGGAAACCGAUGGGUGUGAGGAAGCAGAAGGAAUGCCUGAAGUGCCUAAACAGAGGCCAAAUCCUUUCUCCAAGGCAGUCUCUUCAGCAGAGGUGAUUACUCCUAAGUCUGCUGUAAUUGCAUCAAGCAGCCAAGGACGAGUGAAUCCCUUCAAGGUGGCAUCCAGCAAAAAGGACCCGUUGGUCCCCUCAGCAAACGUUUUAGACACUAUGAGCAAAUACUCAAAGAAAAUUUCUAGCAGUCGAGCUGUAAACAAGCAGAGCCCUCCAGUUAUAAAGCCUCUGAUUCCUAAGCUGAAGUCCAAGCAGGCUUCAGCAGCGUCCUUCUUCCAGGUACGCACACCUAGCUCCAGUGAAAAAAGAGUGGGAGAAAGAGAAGAAAAAGCAGGAAAUGAGCCCCCUGUGGUCCAAGUCACUGCACAGGACAGCUCUGAAAACAAAAGACCAAAGACAGGUUUCCAGAUGUGGCUAGAAGAGAACAGAGCAAACAUUUUAACAGAUAAUCCUGGUCUGAAUGAAGCAGAAGUAAUAAAAGAAGGCAUGAGUCGGUUUAGGAUUCUGUCAACAGAAGAAAGAAUGGUGUGGACUGAGAAAGCAAAAGGUGGAGCAGUAAAUGAUUUAACAGAAGAUAAAAAACGAAAGCGUCCCACAGCUGAUGAAGAUGAGGCGAAAAAGAAUGAGGAGCAAAAAUCAGAGGACUCAAAUGUAUCCAAAAAGAAGAAGCCUUUAGAUCAAUCAACCAAUGUCAGAUUGUCAUCUUUUGCAUUCAAGCAGAGCUAAAUAAUGUGGUACCUUCUCAGCAUCUGCUUUCUCAGUGCUGUUAUCCAGUGUUUUCAAAAAUUUGCCACUGUGCUCAAAGAGCACUAGCAAAAAGAGAGUGCCUUGCUCCAAAUGUUUUUAGAAAGUAUCUUAAGAUCGACUCUUUAGAGAAAUGUUGAAUCCGUUCAUCAGGUCUCUUUGCAAAUUGCUAGUGUAAAGACAGACAGAAAAGCUAAUGCUAAUGGACCUGUUACCUAGGAGUGCAGUUCCACAGUUUUGUGUAGCCGUGUGUCUGCACACUCAUAAUAUUUGGUGCUAAAUAUGGGUGUCGUUUUGGGGAGCAUAUGCUAUGUACAAAAACUGUCCUGUGGUUUUAGAGUCAUGGCUUCUGUACCAUUCCUUCUGCCUGCUGCAAACACUUGUAAGAGAAGGACAGUGCAAGGAGUGAGAAGGAGGGGAAGAUGAUGACUUAACAUCUUGAUGGUCAGCUGCAGUUUCAGCAUGUGAGGCAGUCACUGAGAAGCCUGACCCAGGCUGGGACAGCAAACCAGAGCAGGUAGGACUGAAGCUGAAUUAGGAGUAUCAAGUGUGCAAAAAUGAGCCAUGCCAGACUAUGCAAAUGUGCUUUCCCUGUCUGUACAUCAGUGCUCAGAAAUUGUGUGCAUUGUUUCAUGUGUUUGUUUUUAAAAUGAAAUGUGAUUGUUCCUUUCCUUUACAGUUUUUGUAAUUAAGCAGACUUUAAGGCAGUCAUAUUUACCCUUCUUUGGGGAAGAGGCAAUGUGUCUAGUAGAUACAUUUGAAAGACAUUCAAGUUUCAGAACUUCUUUUUUUGAGAUAAAUUAAACCAAUUUAACAUAACAGCA